AUGUCAGAGUCCGAAGAAGAAGACAAUUUCUAUGGCCUAAUUCCACUUGCGGCUAAAAAGGAGCGUAAUACGAGGUGUAAAAAGAAAGUCUUGGUCGAAACGAACGUUCACCGACUUGGUUCGCAAUUUUUAUUCAUUUAAAUUAAUGAUUUCAUCCUUAAAAUUAUUAUACAACUGUUCAGAGCUCUCUCCGAAUCAGCCAAUUUACUCUUACGUGGUGACGGUGAAUUUGGUGACAGAGCAGUUGAAUCGAGCGAGGCAAGAACGCGAAUGUAGCAAUUACAUCUCGAAAUCGGGUCGACGUGGCGCCAAGUACGAAAAGGAGCGCGCGUUGUGCUGGAAAUUCUUUCUGAUCGCACUGGACAGUUGCGAUGCGCUCCACACGGGCGGUCCUUUCUUUUACGAUCGACAAUCGCGGCUCUACACGUUUUCCGAAAUAAAAAUGGAAAAUGGGAACGGAAAAAUCGAGUUGACACUCGAGGGACCGACGAUACUCGAUGAUCGGCGAUUUAUUAGAGUCGAAUUUUGUUUGGAAAAAUCGGAGGAAAAUUUUCUGACGACGCCUGCCGACGUCGGGAAAACGGUGAAUACGUGUCCGGGGGCCGUCGACAGCACUCUGCUCGAAGCGAUGAACACCAUUUUGAACUAUCCGGCCAUCGCAAAGUAAAGAAUACUUUUUUUUGGGUAUAACGUGUCAAAAACACAAAAAAUCUGUAGAAUCUGAUCAAUUUUGCAGUCCAAAGUUUGCAGCACGGACACUCAUAGCUGUCAAAUUAUUUUUCGGACAGAUUUUACAGACUUUUUUGGCUUCGGACACGGCACUAGAAUUUAUGAAAAUGUGCACUUUACAGACCAAAUAUCGUCACAAUCGGAGAUAAUAUCCAUUACGUCAUCGAUCCCACGGAUUUCAAGUAUGCAUAUUUGUCUGAAAAUUUGAAAAUUAAUUAGAAAUUGUCAUUUGCAGCGCCGGUGGUGCUUUUAAUAAUUUUAGUCGCUGCUUCUGAUCAUUCCGUCGCUGCCUGGCAGUGCCUAAAUUCGCUAUUUUUCGUUAGCAUUCCAGAGAAAACGUUCGAAGAAGGAUAUUUGUACGCGGGAUUCGGUGCCAAGAGAAAUGUGAUGAGUUUGGAAGACGAGCCGACGGAUUCGGAGGAAAAGAAGCCGACAGUUUUCAUGAGCACUGAAAGUAGGACUGAAAUUUGCAUUCAUUUGCCCAAAAACAGCCAUGUUUUUCAGUGAAAAUAACCCUAUUCCAUCCGGAUUGGACGAGUCUCAUAGACCUUCUCCAAAGUUACGACGAUUUCGCGUCGGAUUUAGACGCGCGGUCAGACGAAGCUCAGCGAAUACUCGCCCGUUGCAUGGGUCUCGAGGUGAAGCUCGAUUUCGGACCGUACGAAGGAAAAAAACCAGAAAGCGACGUCAUCGGCCGGAUUCGCAAGUUUUCGAAAUCGGCUCGCGAGACCUUCAUGCCCGAGCACAUUGCGCCAAACGUCACGCUCGAGGAGUUUUUCAACAAACAGUACAAGAUAAUCCUUCGUUAUCCGCGCCUUUUCACCAUAGAAAUGAGAGGAAGCAAGCGGAAUGUGGUGUUACCCGCGGAAGUACUGACUUCCUGUCCAUCUCAACCUGUCGCCAGUGAUAGAAUGCUCAAAAAUGAGCACGAGGAGAUGAUGGAAUCGUUGGCGCUCUAUCCGGAACGUCAUAAAGCUCUUUCGGAGGAAGUUUCUGGACUAGUCCGUAUGUAUCCUGGACCCCUCUUCGAAUUCAUCGAAAUGAGCCCGCCGAUAAAAGUGGAGGGAAUCGUUCUGGACGCGCCGAAGAUUGAGUUCGACAAAAAUGGGUCGCCCGAGGAGUUGCGCGGUCCGGAGCACAGUUUUGAGCAUCACGAUGGGCAUUUUUACGACCCGCGGAGUCUCAGGAGAUGGGCAGUUUGCUAUGUAGACGGGGAGGAACUAAGGUGAGUUAUAGAUGCAAAUUUGAGAAAACCGCGAAAAAAUGACCCAUCAAUUUCCAAACCAAUUUUUUUUUGAAAGCGGUCAUGGAUGCGCAAGAUGAGAAAUUCGGUUUUUCGGCAUCGAUCGGUGGCAAAAAAUGCACGCAAACGUCCAGAAACUUCGAUAAUUGUUAUCAUUUUUCGAAGUUUGUGACCACAAAAAUCAGGAAAACGCUAUUUUGAGCUCUGGAGACCGUGGCGCGUUGGAGCCUUGGAAAAAAUUGAGAUUUUCCUAGAAAUAGUUGUGCGAAUUGAAUAUCUGAACUUUCUUUAGCGAUCUGGACUAUGCAAUUACGAAAGAGAUGAGAAUAAAUGGAAUGAAUGUGGCAGACGCGACGAUCACCGGAUUCGAAGGGCGUCGAGAUCUCGAGCACGUCUUCGAGUGGGCCGAAUCCGAUGACGUCGAGCUCAUCGUGUUCGUCAUCAAAGAGCACCACGACUUGCAUUUGCGGAUAAAAUACCUCGAGUUGGAUUACAACGUCAAAGCGUUGGAGAUCGAAUUCGAGACGGCGUUGAAGGUUUUGAAGGACAAAGACGAAAUGGAAUCGAGGACGAGAAGCGAAAUUGCGAGAAGGGUGAAUUUGAAGUUGGGCGGUCUCAACUAUUUCAUCCGGAGCGACGCGUUCUCCAAUCCGAACCGUCUCAUUAUCGGAUUCGACGUUCGACAGUGCGAAGGAGCGAACAAAUAUGUACAGGAAAACCGAGAAAUAUAAUAAAAAUCUAUUAAAAAAACCAUUUUGAGGUGCCCCUAACGAUCGGUUUCGCGGCCAACAUGCUCGGUCACUUUCAACAAUUCGCCGGCGGAUACACGUACGUGGCCAGAGAUCCGUUCGCCGUCGGAGCCAACUGGUCGGAGACCUACGGACUCAUGAUCACAAGAACAGUGGCGAAAAUUCUGACAAAAUUGUUUCGGAAACGCGGCCCGCCCGACGACAUUCUCGUAUAUUUGAACGGAGUGACCGCAAACGAAUAUGGAAUGGUACACGUUUGGAUCAGGUGGUUCUUCCGGAAAAUAAGAGAUGUAUUCAGAUCAAUGAGCACUUUUCGAGUUGUGUCAGAGUGGGAUGCACGAUGACAGGAUUGAUUCCUGCUCCGAACAUCACUAUUAUUGGCGCUUCGACGAACCACAACGAGACGUUGUACAAGUUUGAUGAACAAAAAGUGCGUUUGGAUUGGGAUUUUUUUGAAAAUUGAAGCGUUUCCUAGUGCCAACAAGUAUCCAAACGGCUUCCGACGGAGGUGGGCAUGGUGUAGGGAUCGUUUCUUACUUCUGUCUCAUGGUCCCCAGUCCAGAUCCUUCCUUCGGCCGUGUUCCAACUUUUUAAAUACCUGUAGUGAAAAGACGCAAAACGUAGUGACUCAAAUGCGCGAUUCGUGUAGGAAAAUGAGAAAAAUGAGCGUUUUCUGUCAUCGGGAACCAUUUCAACAGGCAAAACGAUGUAAAUCGCGCUUUCAGGGAAGCGUCUCGAAUCUGGAGCCGGGUACGGUGGUCGACCACACUAUCGUGCACCCGCACUACAACGAGUGGUACCACUCGUCGGCGGUCGCCCGUCAGGGAACCGUCAAGACGACCAAGUUCACGCUGAUCUUCACGACGAACGAGGCGGAGCCGAUGUCAAACAUCGAGGAGCUCACCAACGACCUGUGCUACGACCACCAAAUCGUCUUCCAUCCCGUCGAACUGCCCGCACCGCUCUUCUUCGCCAGACGAUACUGCCAGCGCGGAGUCCGAGUCAUGUCUGCCAACGGGUACUUCUUAUGCUGAAAAUACAACGACUUUAUAGAAAAACUCAUCGAUUUUAGGCCAAUCUACGAGAAUGGCCAUGCCAAUAUCAGGAUCACAAACGAGCGAUUCGGCUACUUAAACAGUUUGUUCGCCUGA